GCGCGUGGCGUCGCUGACGGUCGACGUCGAAGUGACGCAUGCCCAGACGGCGGCAACUUCUCUUCGACUCGCAGGAAAGCACUCUUCCCGGCUCGCUCGAACAUGUCCGACGUAGAAAAUGAUGAUGUGCCAUCUGCGAUGGCAGCGGGUGGCAACAUGGAUGUCAACACCGCGCUGCAGGAGGUUCUGAAGAAUUCUCUUAUUCACGAUGGCGUUGUACACGGACUCCACGAAGCUGCCAAAGCAUUAGACAAAAGGCAAGCCAUGCUCUGCAUCCUGGCAGACAAUUGCGACGAACCGAUGUACAAGAAGUUGGUUCAGGCGCUAUGCAAUGAACAUCAAAUUCCACUGAUAAAGGUAGACAAUAACAAAAAGUUAGGCGAAUGGGCUGGCUUGUGUAAGAUUGACAGCGCGGGCAAGGCGCGCAAAGUGGUUGGCUGCUCGUGCGUCGUCAUAAAGGAUUUCGGUGAAGAUACACCUGCUAAGGAUGUUCUAAUGGAAUACCUUAAACAGAGCGCUGUACAUUAAUCUUUUAAUAAAAUAUUUGACAUAAAUUACAGAAA